AUGGAUCACAUGUUUCUUGAUCUUGAGGCAGCAAUUGACAAUGAUGCAUUGGAGGAAGAUGAUGAUAGUGAUGACAAGGUAGCAGAAAGAUGGAUAUCAUCUGGAAGCGGGAGACAAGAACUCAACAAGAACUCAUUGAGUGUGGACUAUCAGUUGGGCACCACUGCCAAUAUUCAUGAGUUCAACAAAAAUGACUAUCCAUUAUGGAGGGUUCUUGGGUUCGUGUCAAACAUGGGACAUAUUGAGGCGACGUCGGUGUUAUAUGAAGUUACACCAGGACAUGUCGUGGUGUUGCUUAUUCCUCAAUUGAGCCUCAAACUACCUAUCAACCAAGGUCAAGCUGUUACAACCUUUCAUGGUCAUAAGCUACUAGAAGGAUUUCUGCUGAAGAAGAUAUCCUCUUAUGGAAUCAAGGAAGCCACCAGUAUAGAUCUGUCUGUUGCAGUGUGGGAUGCGAGUACAUCAACAGCCAUUGAGACAACCUACUGGGACCUGUGCAAGGAUUUUUCACCAGGAGAUUUCAUUGUAGCCACUGUAGAUGCACUCAAAGGACAUCAAGGAUGGGUCAUUGAGGUGCAUGAGUUAAACAAUAUUGAAGUAGUUGUUCUAGAAUGGAACACUGACAGGAACCAAAUGACGAUAGAGAGGGUGUACCCUACGAAUACAUUACAGAAUGCAGAAACACUCAUGCAUGAGAGAAAGCUGUUCGAUAGCCACAUGCUACUGAGCAAGAUAACAAACCUGCAAGAAAGAGAGAGAAGCACAUCACCAGUUCGUGGAUGCACACCACCUUUCAAGGGAGAACAUCCACCAUCCUCUGAAAUUAUCACAAUGGAAGAUGCAGCAUGGAAUCCAAGGGCAAAUGAAGGUGAGACCCUUCCAAAGGAUCACUGGAUAUACAAUGAGGUAUUCAAGGGAAAGCAACUUGUGGUCAAGGCAGACAGGGUAGAGAAAAUCAUAUGGACAGAAAGGGACAGAAAAGAGGUCAUCCUGUGGUAUCGAAUUGGACAUGCUACAAAAGUAUUGAAACCAAAAACACUGGUACCCUCUCAUCCUACACUUUGA